CACAGCACUGUGCGUAGCUCCGGCUGGCAGUCUUGUCUUCUUCUGGAGGAUCCUGCUGGAGGAGGUCUAUUGUUCACACAGAGGGGGUUGUUCCCUGCUGUUUCCCGGGUGCAGAGGGAGGGGAUCCCCCAUGCUUAGCUCAGGGAGAAUGGAGGAAUUCGUGACCGAAGAGGAAGAACCGUGGUACGACCAGCAGGACCUGGAGCAGGACCUUCACUUGGCUGCAGAGUUGGGAAAAACUUUGCUGGAGAGAAACAAGGAGCUGGAGGACUCCCUACAGCAGAUGUACAUUACUAAUGAAGAGCAAGUGCAAGAGAUUGAGUACCUUUCGAAACAGCUAGAGGUCCUUCGGGACAUGAACGAACAGCAUGCCAAAGUCUACGAACAGCUGGAUGGGACUGCUAGGGACCUGGAACGCACCAACCACACGUUGGUAAACGACAGCAAGGCCUCACAGCAGAAAAUAGAGAGGUUAACUGGGACCAUUGACACUUUGCAGAACCAGGUAGAGGCUCUCUCAGGGCAGGUGGAGCAGCUUCGGUCCAUGGAGCAGCUCCGAGUCAAGAGGGAGAAGAGGGAACGACGCAAGACCAUCCACUCCUUCCCUUGCUUGAGGGAACUCUGCACAGCACCUAGGUAUGAGGAUGAGUUUGUGGUGGGCAGGGCUGAGAGCUUUACCGUGGAUGUGAAGCGUCAACCUUUUGAGGAGGAGAACCAGCACCUUAGGGAGGCGGUGUCAGCCCUGCGAGCAGCAAUCCGGACUGAGAGGGGGCGUAGAGAGGGUGUGGAGAGGGAGUGCAACCUGCUUGUUUCAGAAUUCUCCCGCCUGCAGACACGGGUGCAGGAUGCUGAGAGCUGCCAGGCAAGGGUGCGGGAGUUGGAGGUGGAGCUACAGGAGCUGCAACAGCUGCGCCGCGCCCGCACAUUCCUCCUGGGCAGCGAGGACGACGGCGUGACUCUUACCCAGACUGUCCUCAAUAGCACCCCAGAGACUGACACUUUCCUGGAGGCGGAGGUCGGGGAGACGGGAGGAGGUGUGAGGGAGGAGACCGAGGGUGGAGGUGGUGUGGGAGGGGAGAAUCUCCCUGAGUCUAGCCCUGUGAGGAAAAGCUGCAGCGACACGGCGCUCAACGCUAUAGUGGCGCGGGACGCGUCCGGCCGCAGGAGAGGCAGCUACGCCCUCCACGCCAACAGUGUGAGGAAGAGAGGCAUGUCCAUCCUCAGGGAGGUGGAUGAGCAGUACCACGCCUUACUGGAGAAAUACGAGGAGUUGUUGGGGAAGUGUAGGCGCCACGAGGAGAGCCUUUGUCACGCUGGUGUCCAGACUUCCCGACCCGUCUCCCGAGACCCGUCCAUGAAAGACUGUGCCAUGGGCUCGACCCCGGCACCUCCUCCUACCCCCACUCAAUCUCCCUCCACCCCUGAGGCCAUUGAGAGUAUCAGCAAGCAGGUGGAAGCGGUAGAUAAGCGACUGGGACAGAACACUCCAGAGUACAAAGCUCUUUUUAAGGAGAUCUUCUCUCGUAUCCAAAAGACCAAGAUGGACAUUAAAGCUACCAAAGCUGCUAAAGCUAGCAAGCCUGGCAAAUCCGGGAAAUCUGGCAAAUCUAGUAAACAGUAAAGAUAUUCUGAUUGGCUCUAAAGAAG